AAAUUGUACUAAAAGUGAAAUUUCAAACUGGACAAUAAUUUUGAGACAGAGGGAGUAGAUAGCAUCACAAGUUAUGCAAAUUCAAAAACUAAUAAAUGAAAAUGGUUUGAUGGAGUGGAUAUGUGCUGGAUAACGUUAAAUUAUGAUGGAGCUAUAAUCAAUCCUGAUUGCAGGCACUUAAUUUCAGCAAAUCCGAUCCUCAAUAUUGAUGGUGAUCAUUUGACCAAAUUAAUGAGGAGAACGAGAGUAAAAUUUGAACUAGUUUUGAAUGAAUUCAAAAGAAAAGGAAAAAAAGAAAAACUUUAAAAAGACACAAGGAUGACAUAUAAAUAUACAGUGAGAUUAUGUUAACUUCUCGGGGAAAAACGAGCUUUAAAAAGGUUACAGAAAUAUAACAGCCGAUAUUAUAAACAAAUCAAAUGGAGAAUAAGAUAAAAGCAUGUCAUGAUUCAGAGCCUUCCGAUACCAAUACUUCCCCUCUUCAUCACCAUCAACCUCAAUGGUCUUUUUCUUCCCUUUCAGAGAUGGACAAGACAAAAACAAAGUUGAUGUUAGAAGAGAUGUGGGAAUUGAUGGAGGAGAACUUGAGGCAGCAGGAGGAGUUGAUAAGGAGGAACGAUGAGAAAAGAGAAUGCAUUAAAAGACUAGGGUUACAAUUGGAUCAACUCCAGAAGGAGAACACUCGGUUGAAACAACAGUCUUUCUCACUUACGAAUAAUCAUCUCACGUGUAAUACUAGCACCAACCUAGAUGAUGAUGUUGAUCUGUAUGAAAAGAAGCAAUGUCUCACUGUUGUUACUCGUCAGUUGUCUAAUAGGUUGAAGGGUUGGUUCAUUUUUUUGAUGAGAUCAACAAAUGCUUACUUAAAUUAG